AUGUCUUUGGCAAAUCUCAAAGUCAAUGGACUUUAUAUCAUCCUUUUUAUUCGGAAUCAUCCGCCAGUUCCAAAUGAUUUCCACUGGGGCCUCUACUUUCAUCGUCAUCCCGACACUGGCGGCACAAAAUACCACAUCACGCAGCAAGGUAGUGGCUGGCUGCCCGGCCAUGGACCUACUGCGGGUGUCUUUAAAUCCUUUCUUCUUGUCGGGCUUUUCAGAAUUGCUGAUGUCCCUGUGGGAUAUGAAGGUCACUUGGAUCAGACUAUGAGGACAUACGACAAUCAGUUAAAUGUUCCAGGCGUCACUUGCCGUGUCUGGGUCCUUUGGGUUCUGGCUCUUCUGCAAAAGACCAUCAAUGGACAGGUGAUACUGAAAUGUAACAAUUUGGGAGCACUAGAGACCGAGGUCAAGAAUUGGGGAAACGCAAAUGCUAUGACUGCCGCAAACAAUGUCCAGCCGCGGCCAUUGGCAGCUUCCUCUCUGUGCGGAUUAUGA